UUUCAACUUGGAAAUUGUAAAUAAUAAAUGGAAAAUAAAUGAUUGUAUGCACGACCUUGAAGUGUAAUUUUACUUGGAAUAUUCAUUAUCUUAUCAUGUACAUGCAUCGAAAGUGUUAUUUUCUCUUCUAUUCCACGUAAUGAAACCAACGGACUGAUUGACUAUGUUGCAAUAUGGCACAAAAUAACGAUUUAACAAGCAGCCUCCAAACUCAUUUUAUUUGUGAUGUCUGUAAUAAGUUGUUCACUACAAAAUACACGGUAUCGAAACACCUUCGGACUUGUGGUGUGCUGAACUCAUUGAAAUGUCAGUGGUGUAAAAUAACUUUUAAAAAUCGGGGCAACUUAGUCACGCACGCUGCGCGCAUUCAUGGCGAUUACAGUUACAAAGCUGCCUCAAACUUCAAGUGUCAAGUCUGCGAGAAAACAUUCAACCAGAGGUUCCAACUCACAUACCACAUACGGAGGGAACACUUCAACCUACAAGCCAAGACUCCGUACUGCGAACUAAAAAAAAUAAACCAAGUAUGGUUCGAAAACGUUCUAAAUUCAAAUAGUGUACUGGAAAUAAAAAAAACUGGCCACAACACUCUAGUGAUGAGGAAACUUGACGAGAACACUGGUAUAAAAGUCAGUGAUACCAACACAAAAAUAACAGAUUUAUCUAGUAUAUAUCCAGUACAUAAUAGGUCUAGGGUUAAAGUACAAUGUCAUAUAUGCAGGAAAAUGUAUCUGAAAAUCACAAUUAAAAAACAUAUGGAAGAGAAACACACUAAUAACUAUGGUAGGAACUAUGAGUGUAAUAAUUGUAAGAGAACAUUUAAACGAGCUUAUUUCUUUUUACAGCACGUGUGUAAUAAAGUACCUAAAAGGAAAGGGAAGAAACCUAUUGUUAUUGAGAGUGUGCAAAGUUUAAAGCCUAUCGAAAUAUCAUAGUUUUUUUACAGUUAGUUUUGAACCGUCGACAAAAAUCGCUUUGGCCUAGGAAGCCUUGGUGGCCAGACAAUCUUGAUGUGUCUUUUUAUUAAAAAACACGUUUUAAAAAUAAGUCACGGCAAAUAUGUAACAAUUAUGAAUCUAUUCUAAGACGAUCAUUUAUAUUCUUCUGCUUUCAUAAGUAAUAGAUACUGAUUUAAAAAAGCGUUUUUCAAUUAAAAUACGUCAAGAUCGCUGACCUUCUUUCUACUGCUAAAAAAAAACGAACUAUAGGAGCGUGGGGCUUGCAAUCCGGAGGUCGCGGGUCCAAACCCCGGCUCGUAGCAAUGAGUUUUUUGGAACUUAUGUAUGAAAUAUCAUUUGGUAUUUACCAGGCGCUUUUCGGUAACGGAAAACAUCGUGAGGAAACCCGACUAAUUCCAAAAAGGCCUAGUUUACCCUCUGGGUUGGAAUUGGCAGUCGCUUUCGUAAAAACGAGUGCCCAUGCCAAUUCAUGGGAUUAGUUGCCAAGCGGACCCCAGGCUUCCAUGAGCCGUGGCAAAAUGCCGGGACAACGCGAGGAAAAAGAGCAGACAAAAAGGAGGGUAUUAUAAGUUAGGCUGCUAUGUCCGUGCGUUUGUCUGUGACACUAGCUUGUAAACCGGUUUUAAUGCAGUUUUUUUUUGAUACCGGUUUUCUUGCACUAGUUCUUAGACACAUUUUAUCAAAAUCGGUUCACUGCGUUGGGGUUUUCUUUAAUUGUUAUUAUUAUGAAGUUACGUCAUAAGGAUGUCUGUGCUUACAGCAGGGGUAGGAAACUAGAGCGUUCGGGCUUUUUCGGCUCCGUUCGGCUCAGCAUUGCUCCGAGCAAUUAUUAGGGUUGGCACAACUUGACGUCCCUUUGCGUGUACAACCACAGAUAAUUACUUGAAUUAUGGCAACCCUAAAUA